AUUGCCCCCCCCCCCCGCCCCAUCGAAGCCUCUUUGUCUCCCCCGCAGGUCCCCCCCGCGGGGGAGGGGGUGACGCGGCCACCGCCGCUGCCACCCGAGGGGGGGGACACCCCUAAAAUCGAGGUGACCCCCCCCAGACCCCCUAAACCACCCCGGACACGCGGCCCCCUCCCCCCCUUCAUCCAUAGGGGCAGCUGGGGCUGGCGAGGGGGCGGCGGGGGGGUCACCCCCUAAAAUUUUCGGGCGGGUGGGAGGGGGGGAGGGAGUGGGGACAACCAUGGCCGCCGAUCUGGGGGACCCCAAAACUCCCGCGUCCCCCCCCGCCCCCCCAAAACGCUUCUUCCGCAAGAGCGUGGAGGUGCUGGAGGAGGAGGAGCGGGGCGAGCGCGGCGGCGACCCCGGCCCGCGGGGCGACCCCCGGCUCGGGGGGGGCGAGGAGGGCGAGGAGGAGGCGGAGAUGAAGGCCGUGGCCACCUCGCCCGGCGGCCGCUUCCUCAAGUUCGACAUCGAGCUGGGGCGCGGCGCCUUCAAGACGGUCUUCAAGGGCUUCGACACCGACACCUGGGUGGAGGUGGCCUGGUGUGAGCUGCAGGACCGCAAGCUGACCAAGGCGGAGCAGCAGCGCUUCAAGGAGGAGGCUGAGAUGCUCAAGGGGCUGCAGCACCCCAACAUCGUCCGCUUCUACGACUCCUGGGAGUCCUCGCUCCGCGGCAAGAAGUGCAUUGUCCUUGUCACCGAGCUCAUGACCUCGGGCACCCUCAAGACGUACCUCAAGAGGUUCAAGGUGAUGAAGCCGAAGGUGCUGCGGAGCUGGUGCCGGCAGAUCCUGAAGGGGCUGCAGUUCCUGCACACGAGGACGCCGCCCAUCAUCCACCGUGACCUCAAGUGCGACAACAUCUUCAUCACCGGCCCCACCGGCUCCGUCAAGAUCGGCGACCUGGGGCUGGCCACGCUCAUGCGCACGUCCUUCGCCAAGAGCGUCAUCGGCACCCCCGAGUUCAUGGCCCCCGAGAUGUACGAGGAGCGCUACGACGAGUCCGUGGACGUCUACGCCUUCGGGAUGUGCAUGCUGGAGAUGGGCACGUCCGAGUACCCCUACUCCGAGUGCCAGAACGCCGCCCAGAUCUACCGCAAAGUCACCAGCGGCAUCAAGCCAGCGAGUUUCCACAAGGUGACGGACCCCGAGGUGAAGGAGAUCAUCGAGGGCUGCAUCCGGCAGAACAAGGCUGAGAGGCUGUCCAUCCGGGACCUGCUGGACCACGCGUUCUUCGCCGAGGACACGGGGCUGCGCGUGGAGCUGGCCGAGGACGACGCGGGGCUGGACCCGGCGCUGGCGCUGCGGCUCUGGGUGGAGGACCCCAAAAAGCUCAAGGGCAAGCACAAGGACAACGAGGCCAUCGAGUUCAGCUUCAACCUGGAGGCUGAUGUUCCUGAGGAGGUGGCCUACGAGAUGGUGAAAUCCGGGUUCUUCCACGAGAGCGACUCCAAGGCUGUGGCCAAAUCCAUCCGGGACCGGCUGGCGCUGGUGAGGAAGACGCGGGAGAAGAAGCAGGCGGAAGGCAGGGGGGGCCCCGAGAGCCGGGGGUGCCCCGAGAACGAGGACACCGAGGUGGAUCAGCACGUGCGGCAGCAGCUGCUGCGGGAGCAGCCCCCGCCCGGCCCUGCUGAGGGGGUCCUGGACAACGCCCCCCCACUAGAUGUCCCUGGUCCCUGCAGUGUCACCGGAGCACCUGAGCAUCUCUGGGGGUACCCUCAGGGACCCCAGGAUGGGGUGGCUCCCCCUGUGCCACCACUGGUGAGCCAGGGGACCGAGGGGACAGCAGAGGAUGGCGCCGGAGGAGCCACCACGGAGCCACCUGGGCCUGAGGGGGACCCCUGUGGCUGUGGCGGGGGGUCGGUGACAGUGGGGACACAGCCACAGGUGGCACCCGGGGCACCGGGGCCGGGGAUGGCACUGGGAGUGGCAGCAGGGGUGGCACUGCCAGCUGCGGGGGUGACAGCGGCUCCUGGAGUGUCACUGGCGCAAGGAGUGCCUCCUCCUACUGGAGUGCCACCGGCCGCAGGGGGGACACCAGCUCUGGGGGUGCCACCUCCAGCUGGAAUGCCACCAGCUCCAGGGGUGCCACCAGCCCAGGGGAUGACAUCAGUGCCGGGGGUGCCACCAGCCCAAGGGAUGCCACCUGCUCCAGGGGUGACACCAGCCCAAGGGAUGCCACCUGCUCCAGGAGUGCCACCCCCAGCUGGGGUUCCACCACAGUUGGUCCCCAUGGUGCAGCUGCAGCCAGGCCUUGGAAUGCCACCAACAGGCCCGGGAAUGCCACCAGGUCCAGGAAUGCCACCAGCCCAGGGGAUGCCACCACAGCCAGUCCCCACCAUGCAGCCGCAGCUGGUGCCAGGGAUGUCACCAGCUCCAGGGAUGCCACCAGUGGUGGGGAUGUCACCAGCUCUGGGGGUGCCACCGCUGCCCAUCAUGACACCAGUCAUGGGGAUGUCACCAGCCCCGGAGAUGCCACCUCCAUCCAUGAUGCCACCAGCCCAAGGGAUGCCACCUCCGUCUGUGGUACCAGCAGUCAUGGGGGUGUCACCAGCCCCAGGGGUGCCACCUGUCCAAGGGAUGCCACCACCAUCCAUGAUGCCACCAGCCUCAGAGAUGCCACCACCAUCUCUGGUGCCACCAGCCAUGGUGAUGCCACCAGCACAAGGGAUGCCACCAGCACAAGGGAUGCCAGCUCCACCCAUGAUGCCACCAGCCCAAGGGAUGCCAACUUCAUCUGUGAUGCCACCAGUCCCAGGGGUGCCACCUCCAUCUGUACUGCCACCAGCCAUGGGGAUGUCACCGGCCCCAGAGAUGCCACCACCAUCCAUGAUGCCACCAGCCAUGGGGAUGCCACCAGCCCCAGAGAUGCCACCACCACCCAUGAUGCCACCAGCCAUGGGGAUGCCACCGGCCCCAGAGAUGCCACCACCAUCCCCAAUGCCACAACCCCCUACGCUCCCUGGCCCCGAGGACCCUUCGGUGCCCACCGAGGCCGCGUCCCUGCUGCGUGUCCCCGAUGUCCCCGAGGUCCCCGGGCCGCGUGCCCGGCAGCGCCGUGCGUCGUACCAGCGCCCCGCCCGCUUCCAGCUCACCGUGCUGCAGGUGUCCUCAGCUGGGGACAACACGGUGGAGUGCCAGCUGGAGACCCACGACAGCAAGAUGGUCACCUUCAGGUUUGACGUGGAUGGGGACGCGCCCGAGGACAUCGCCUGCUACAUGGUCGAGGACAACUUUGUCCUGGAGGGGGAGCGGGACAAGUUUGUGGAGGAGCUCAAGGCCAUCGUGGAGCAGGCGCGGGGUCUCCUCGGGACCCCCGCCCCAGACCCCCAGGUGGGACCCCUGGAGCCGCCAGCGGGUGGGGAAGGCCCCCCCCAGUCGUCACCCGUGGGGCGCUGGAGGUUCUGCAUCAACCAAACCAUCCGGAACCGCGAGGCCACCGGCCCCGGGGGACCCCCGCCCACCCAGAGAGCCCUGGGGACAUCGCAGGGGGGUCCCCGAGGACAGGGGACAAACAAGAGCGGAGCGUCGGAGCAGGACGGGCCGGGGGAACCGGAGAUGGGGGUCCCCAAAGCCCAGGAGCUGGAUGUCCCACAGGGACAGGGGUCGGCUGUCCCCAAACUGGAGGAGAUGGGUGUCCCCCAGGCUUUGGGGACAGCUGCCACCAGUCCCCAGGAGGUGGCUGAACCCACAGCACCAGAGAGGAUUAACACCGAACCCCAAGAUCUGGGGGUUCCCCAAGGCCCGGGACUGAGUGUCCCCAGCCCUGGACACCCAGACAUGGCUGUCCCCAAACCUCCAGAGCUCAAUGGCCACCAAGAGCCCCUCGUCCCUGGGGACACAGAGCCAGGUCUCCCCCAGGAGCAGGGGACAGUCACUGCCCCAGGGGAGCAGGAGGGACCUGGGGAACCGCCUGACCCCCCGGAGCUGGACGUGUCCCAAGAGCCAGGUGACCCCCAAGGACUGGGGACAUUCGUCACUGGACCCCCAGAGCCACCAGGUGACCCCCAAGGACUGGGGACGUUUGUCACCGGUGCUUGGGGGCAGGAGGGACCCCCGGGACCAGAGGCCGUGCCCCCCGCCCGCCCCCCGCCCGGGGGGGCCUCGUUCCCGCUGGGGCUGUGCCCCCGCCUGCGCAGCCCCCGCAAGGGCUGGGGGCGCCGCAUCAAGAGCUGGGCCCGGCGCCUGCGCCCCCCCUCCGGAGGGGGGGACCCCCACACAGAGGAGCCAGAGGACCUCGGGGACCCCUCAAGGCGAGGGCACUGCCAGCCACCCCCCGAGCCCCCUGACCCCGAGGGCGACUGGGGGGGCCUCAGCUCAGGCAGCGAGAGCGGGGGCCUGGGGGGACCCCCGCACCCCCCCGGCGCCCCCCUGCUCCCCCCGGGGUCCCCCGAGACCCCCCUGAGCAGCGAUGGGGACUCGGAGCCCGAGGACGAGGCGCUGCGGGAGCAGCUGCGGCGGCUGCGGGAAAAGCACAUCCAGGAGGUUCUGGAGCUGCGGACACGGCAGGACCGGGAGCUGCAGGAGCUGCACCGACGGCUCCGAGCCCUCAAAGAGGCCCGGGGGGACCCCCCGAAAUGGGGAGGGGGCGGUGGGACCCCCCCCCAGCGCGGCCAUGGGGGGUCCCCGCGGCGGCCUCGGGGGGCCCGGGCGCGAGGGAGGGGCCGGGGCGUGGCCCUGACAGAGGCUUCAGCCCCCUCCCCGGGCCCCCCGACCCCCCCGGCCCCCCCCAAAAAAGGGGCUCUUCACCGACGACCUGCACCGGCUGGUGGACGAGUGGGUCCAGGACACGGCAAGAGCCCAGGCCACCUCCUCGUGGGUCUCCACCCUGCGCGGCACCCGUGGGACCCCCCGAAAAUGGGGGGAGCUGCCCCCCCCCAAACCUGCCCUGCGUGGUGGGGGCAGCCCCCUCCCCCCAGGGGCCGAGUGAGGGGGGGGUCUCCGGACCCUGACCCCCCCCAAACCCCCCUGGUUUUGGGUCAAAAUCCCAAUUUCCAGCCCCCAAAUCACUUUGUUUCACCCCAAAACGCCCUUGUUUAACCCCCCCGAUUGGGCGACCCCAAAUUUCCAGCCCUAAAAGUACCUCGUUUUACCCCAAAAAUUCCCCUUCUUUUGGGUCCUGUGGUGUGACCCCCGUUUCUGGCCCCAAAAUUGCCUUAUUUUACCCUAAAAUUCCCCUUUUUUUGCUGCCCCCGUGGGCUGAACCACUUUUUGGCCUCAAUUCACCCCCAAAUCCCCUUUUUAGCAUACUUGACCCCCUGCAAUUUCUGGCCCCAAAAGCACCUCAUUUUGACCCCAAAUCCCUCCUUUUUGGUCCCAAAAUCUCUAUACCAAUCCUCCCUUUUUGGGUCAUUCCCCCUUUGCAAGGUGACCCCAAUUUCUGGUGCCCAAAAUCCCCUCAUUUCACCCCAAAACUCCCCUUUUUUGUGCUCUGCCCCCCCAAUUUUCUGCCCCAAAUGCCUCGUUUGACCCGAAAAUCCCCUUUUUGGGCCUUUCCUCCUCUGCAUGAGGUGACCCCAUUUUUUAGCCCCCAAAUCACCUCAUUUCACCCCAAAAAUCUCCUUUUUGUGGCCUUUCCACCCCUCUUUUUCACACCCCCUGAAUGUGAUGCCACUUGUUGGCCCCAAAAUUGCCUUGUUUCACCCCAAAACCCCUUUCUUGGGCCUGUGUCUCCUUUUUUUACCCUCCCCACAACAUAACCCCACUUUUUUGCUCCCCAAAUUGCAUCAUUUCACCCCAAAAAAUGUCUUUUGGGGCCUGCCCUUCCCCCUCAGGAUAUCACCCCAAUUUUCAGCCCCAAAAUCUCCUCAUUUCACACAAAAAUCCCCCUUUUUGGGCCUUGCCACUCUUUUUGUCCCAACACAAAACAACCCCAAUUUUUAACCUCCAAACAGCCUCCCAAAACACCAACGGUUUUUGUCCCAAAACACCAACGGUUGAACCCAAACCUCUCAUUUAUCCCAAAAUUCCUUUUUUUUCCCCCCUCAAAACACUCCAGAGCCCCCAAAAUUCCCAUUUUUCACCCAAAGCCCCUCACAGGCCUGGAGUUCCCCCUCACAUGACAAAGCAGAGGGGCACGGGCUGUACUGGUUUUACUGGUGACCCACCCCCCCAUAUUGGUCAUACUGGUGCAACAACCCCCUCUCAUUCCUGUACCACUCCCUCUGCCCAUUUUUGGGUCAUUUUGUGGUGUUUUCCGCUCAUCUACCUCACCCCUUCACCAAGCCAGUGAGAUUUUGGGGUGAAUUCUCGGGUGUUCUGGUUCGAGAGGGUGGGGAAGGCGUUUGUUUUGCGGGGAAAUUGUUAAACAGCGCGGGAAAAAAAAAAAAAUCCUAAAAUUUAAGAAAUAAAAGCGUGGCUGGUGCGCGCCACUCCCAAAA